ACGCAGGUUGGACGCUCUCACACAAACUCUAGCUUUGAGACUCUACUCUCUUUCUGAAAACUAACUUGGGCGUCGGAGGAUUAACGGGUCAAGGCGCCCCCUCCUUGUUGGUGUGUGCAGAUAGGCGCCUGGCGAAAGAGGAUUCAGGGGAAUCAGGCAAAGGGUAUAAAGUCUCAAACAAGAAGAUUGUUUUCAGGUCUGAAAGGAAAAUGGGAUAGACACUAUUUUGUUUGAGUAGGUUGGUUCAUGGGUCGGGCUGGUUCAAAGCUUGGGUUGGGCUGAGUUACAUGACAUGGCGAGUAUAAUUGACGUGGCAGGUUGGGUUUCAUCAUUUUCGGGGGUUAAAUUAGGCUAACUAAGCGAUUCCGUCUGCCACGUCAGCAUAUAACGGUCUUCAUUAACGGAGACUAACGGAGAGUGACCAAACUUGGACGGUUUUACUAAAUUUAGUGACUACGAGUGGAAUUAAAAUAUUUUUAGUGACCAAACAUAAACGUUUUUUUGUAAUCCCAGUAACCAAUCUUGCAAUUUAUCCGAAAAAGAAAAGAAACGAAAAAGCUGAAAAGGGCCGGACCAGACAAUUACGCCCCGAUCACAGUCUCCUCCUCUCCGGCCCGAUCACAGAAAUAGCGGGAAAAAUGGCAAAAAAUAGAAGAAAAAACAACAGUCUCCGCCUCUCCGGUUUAUUCCCCUCCUUUUCAGCUCCACCCCUCUCUUCCAGUUCCACACUUCCUUCUCUCUCUCUCAUUCUCACUUUCUCUCUCUUCAACCUCAGAGAAACAGAGACUCACACUCCCAUCUCAAUCAAUCAUCCAUUCAAUCUCACUCCCCCUUCCCUUCCCUUCCCUUCCCCUCCUCUCCAUCGCCGACGACAAUCAGGAAAACCGAAUCCUCACCGCCACCGCCCCGCCGCGAUGUCGCUGGGCAAGCUGAUGAAAGAGCGGACCUUCGGAUUCGCCUUAAUCCUCUUUCUCUUCCUCUUCCUCAUCUCCAUCACCUUCUUCUUCCUCUCCAGCGGCAAAACCGUCGACCUCCCUUACUACUUCUCCCUCGCCGGUCGCUCCGACGUCUCCACCACCGAGCCUUCCGACGCCAACGACGCUCCCGUCCCUCCCGGCAAGGACUCCCCUGCGCUCAAGGCCAGAAAGUCCAACUUCCCCACCCCGCCGGCCCUCGACAUUGCGUGGCGCCCCUGCGAGGGAGUCCUGGCGGCGGAUUACAUCCCCUGUUUGGAUAAUUACAAGGCCAUCAAGAGGCUGCCAACCAGAAGGCACAUGGAGCACAGGGAGAGGCACUGCCCUAAACCGGCGCCGCUAAGGUGUUUGGUUCCUCUCCCCAAAGGAUACAAGCGCCCUCUGCCUUGGCCUAAGAGCAGGGACAUGAUAUGGUACGACAAUGUGCCACAUCCUAAGCUUGUGGAGUACAAGAAGGAUCAGAACUGGGUGCGCAAGGAAGGCGAUCAAUUUGUAUUCCCUGGAGGUGGGACUCAGUUCAAAGAUGGCGUCUCCAACUACGCCAGCUUCAUUCACAAGACGGUGCCAAUAAUCCAUUGGGGAAGACAGAUAAGGGUGGCUCUAGACGUAGGUUGUGGUGUGGCUAGCUUCGGCGGAUACUUGCUGGACAAGCAAGUCCUUACCAUGUCGAUAGCGCCCAAGGAUGAACACGAAGCGCAGAUUCAGUUUGCUCUCGAGAGAGGGAUCCCUGCGUUUCUUUCGGUGAUCGGGACGCAGCAGCUCGUGUUUCCUGAUAAUGCUUUCGAUCUGGUUCAUUGCGCUCGUUGCAGAGUUCACUGGGAUGCUGAUGGUGGGAAGCCGCUUCUGGAGCUCAACAGGGUUCUGAGACCUGGAGGUUUCUUCAUAUGGUCAGCCACGCCUGUGUACCAGGACGAUCAAAGAGACGCCAAAGUUUGGAAAUCUGUGUCGGCUUUGACUGAAGCUAUGUGCUGGAAAGUUGUGGCCAAGACAAUGGACUCAACCGGAAUUGGACUGGUAAUCUAUCAGAAACCAGAGAAUCCUUCUUGCUAUGAGAAACGCCCACAGAAUAAUCCUCCUCUGUGUGAUCAGAACGAUCAGCACAACAUUUCAUGGUACACACCUCUGCUAAACUGCAUUACAAGGCUCCCGCUAGACAAACAAGGCAAAGUCAUUAAGUGGCCAGUAACAUGGCCUUACAGGCUCAGCAGUCUCCCUGUGCCCAUGCCAUUGGAACCAGGGGUUGUAGAACAGUACAAAGCAGAUAACAGACGCUGGACCGAACUUGUAUCCGAUACUUACCUCAUGAAACUCAACAUCAGCUGGCCUAGCUUUCGCAACAUCAUGGAUAUGAAUGCCGGCUAUGGAGGGUUUGCUGCAGCAUUGAUUGAUCUUCCGUACUGGGUGAUGAACGUUGUUCCGGUUCAUGAGGAAGACACUCUCAGUAUCAUCUACGACAGAGGGUUGAUCGGAGUCUACCACGAUUGGUGUGAGUCAUUCAACACUUACCCUCGAACUUACGACCUUCUCCAUUCCAGCUUCCUCUUCAAGACUCUAUCGGAAAGAUGUGACCUGAUAGAUGUCGGGGUAGAGAUUGACCGGAUAGUAAGACCUGGCGGGUAUCUUCUCGUCUUUGACACCAUAGAAAUGAUCAACAAGCUCACUGCAAUAUUGAAGUCGCUUCAUUGGUCGGUAAAAAUCCAUCAAGCUCAAUACUUGGUUGCCCAGAAAAGUCUCUGGCGCCCCACCAGUUAAAAUCAAUUACUGCAGCAGCACUAUAGAAUCAGUCAAACUCUAGGCAAGCUCAAGGUUCUGGCAAUCGGUGGUGAAGUUGUAGGAGAGACGACGAUCUUACAUGUCUUCUUUAUUCUUCCUCUACGACUCUGAGUUCUGUAAGUGUAGAAAUACCACAGUUACAAGAAAAGAAAGCAACUAUACGUCAUAGCAACAAGGAAAAAAAACAGAGGACGGUUCGACAUCAGAUGUUCGUGUCCUGUCCUGUAAAUCUAAGCCUGCUCUGUUUGUAGAACUCCCAAUUUUGAGAUACCAGAAAUAAUACAAGUACCUCCAUUUCAUUCAAUUAGCUGCUAACUUUCAGUCUGAUAUACUUCGAAUUUGUACCUCAAUGAUCAUCGUACUGUAAUGAAAUGAAUGCUGCAAA